UCCAUUCAGUUAAUUAGAUUAGAUUUCGAGUCCCCACAACAACAUAGACUUAUAUAUCCAUCAUUGUCUCCGAUUAAUAUUAAUUUCUUCUUUACCCGAUAUGACAUGUAUUAGGUGGCUUUCCUCUCUACGAAGAACAUCAGGUACAUCACGUAAAGCAUGCGAGGAAGAUGGAUUACGUAACAAGCGAAGCGUGAACGAGGAAUAUCUCGAAGCGUUCAGAACAAAGUCCUACAUUGAAAUAUGCAACAAAGCACAAGUGAGGAUUGGAAAAACAAGCACCAAAACACUCUCUUCAUCAUCAUCUUCUUCUUCUUCUCCUUCUUCCAUUCCUUUGUGCAUGCAACUCACGGAGUAUUUGCUAGAGCCACGCCAAGAAACGAUAACAAACAUAACGAAGAGGCUGAAGCUGCAUCAUCUUCUCGUGGAAUAUUUCGAAGCCAGCUUAGAAGCGUGUCGUUGUUGUGACACAAUCCUUGAAGCCAUCCAUUCAAUGCGUUUUGCUUAUCGAAGAAUCACACGCGUUGUUAAGCUAAGCAAAAUGGUUUUGGACGAUGCAAACGACCAAUCCAACAACAAUAAUAACAAGGAUGCUAUGUAUAGAGAACUCGCUUCUUUUGCUUUGCAAAACAACCCUUUGUCGAGUGUUAACACAAAAAAAAAAAAAAAAAAAAAACUCGACACCAAGCUGUUGAUAAAGAAAAUUUGA